AUGUUAAAGGGAGUAGGGACGAAAUUUGACAAGGCUCUUUCAUUGGGAGCAAUCGUAUUUACAUCUACUAUUAUUAAAGAAGUGCCUUCCGAUGGAGUGAUGUUCCAAUUGAGACUACUAGAGUCUCUCCAAUCCAAACCUUAUUCGCUCUUGCCAAAUGCAUCAUCCGCUGCAAAAGCAAGGGAACCAUCAGCCAAGUUCAACCCAUUCUUACCAUACGAUGAAAAGCUAUAUGUGGAUACCUUGAAUGGCACGCACAACAUACUCUUCAACAAGUAUUGUAUCGUGAGAGACCACUUGCUCAUUACCACUCGAGACUUUCAGAAUCAGUACAAUCCGCUGACUGAGAGUGACUUUAAGUCGAUUUUGGAUGUCAUGGACUCCAUGUCAAACUCUCUGGCCUUCUUCAACUGCGGACACAUGUCAGGAGCCAGUGUCCUGCAUAAGCAUAUCCAAGUCAUACCAGUUGACAGUCACGGGGUGCCAAUGGAGGUGUUGGUGAAUGCAAUGGAAUCGCUUCACCCCGCAGCAAAACCAUUCCAAAUACCCUCUAUCCCGUUCGCACAUGCAGCAGUCUUCAUACCACCAUCUAUCGAUGCAAAAACGCUCACAGUCAUCUACCGUGAAACUUUACUGGCAGCCUUCAAAAACUCUGGACAGGACUAUAGUCCAUACCUAAAUCCCACGGAUCCGACUAUAGAAACACCAGAGCCGCUACCGCCAUCAUAUGCAUUCCUAAUGACGCGUCGGUGGAUGCUGAUUGUGCCUCGUCGUGAAGAAAGUUGGAAUGGGAUUAGUGUGAAUUCAGUUGGGUUUAGCGGGAUGGUGUUUGUGAAGAGGGCUGAGGACUAUGAUGCCGUAACGCGUCUUGGCAUGUUUAAUCUGUUGAAGGAGUUGACGUAUCCGAAAUUGUAG